AUGGGAAACAAUCAAUCUGCGGAAUUGCGAAAAAAAACGUCAAAUACCGUACCCGAGCAAUCACUUAAUCGUAAUGCGCCCUACUAUCUCCCACGUACUAAUGAGGACAUCGACCGGCUACAGAUGCAGCAUUUUCUUUUACAGCAUGUAUGGCAGAGUAAUUACUCAGCUCCGAUACAACAGCAACUCAAAGACCAUAAAAUGAGAGUACUCGAUGCCGGUUGUGGUCCAGGUACUUGGCUUCUUGAGAUGGCUUCUGGAAACCAGAUAGUAGAAUUUUAUGGAGUCGAUAUCCAACCCGUAUUCCCUACAGAAAUCAAACCCGCCAAUCUAAAAUUCUAUAUAGCCGAUCUUAAGGAUAACGUUCCGUUUGAGAAUCAAUAUUUCGACUAUAUUCGCAUCAGUUUGUUAAAUUGGUGUCUUUCUGCGGAUGAAUGGCCCGUGAUAUUAAAGGAAUUGUUCAGAGUUUUGCGACCUGGUGGCUGGCUUGAGAUCGCUGAAAUCGAUCAAACCAAAUUUGUAGAUGGUCCUAAUUUGGGCCUACUGACGAAAAUAUUUGCCGAGCUUUCUACACAACGUAAAGUAAUUCCUAAUAUCAGUGAGCAUCUUCCUUCAUUCCUUACUCUAUGUUUCCCAUCUACUCCAAUCCAUCAUGACACGCGAAGCUUUUUGCUCGGUCCACGUGGCGGACAGAUCGGUACCAUCUAUCUUGAACAGAUCAACAUGUUCAUGACGGCCUCUAUUGCGCCUCACGUUAAAAAAACUCUGAACAUGACCGACGAAGAUUAUGCAAAGUUCUGGAAGGGAUGCAUCAAGGAAUUGGAAGAGGUUGAUUAUGACAUCAAAUGCAGUAGAUUCUGGGUACAACGGAAAUUAGAAACUGCAGCAAAGAAGGGACGAACAGAGAUCUUAGUUGAUCAAAGGGAGACGACUAAAUUUUAA